AACAUGUCGAGGAUUUUACGAUGCGCGGCUUCUCGAACUAAUGCUGUCUGAUCCACACCUUGCAUAUUAUUCCGUCUUAGAACGUCCAUAUCUCAUCGUUCCCAGCGUCCUCAAAUCCACCUUCUGUUGCGAACCCUAAUUCGGAAAACUCUCAUAGUGCACCUCCUUAUCAUCGAUCAGACUCUUUUCAAGAGCCCACCAGCAGCCAGAUCAACGUAUUGUUUCCGCAGCCAAUGGCAGACCUUGCGAGCUUGGGCGGAAUUUCAGCAGCGGCUGGUUCGGAAGCAAGGUCGCUCUUCUCACAUAGUCUGGACAGAGCUAAGAGUCGAUCUGCAGAUGACAAACCUGACCCGAACGAGUCAGGGCUUGUGCAAUACGCGGAUGACGAGGAGGAUAGAAACGAGGACGAGGAGGAGGACGAGAUCCGCGUGAGCGGGAGGAGAGGCCACCUGGAGGUUCGGCGAGAGUGCCCGUACCUCGACACCGUCAACCGCCAGCUCCUGGACUUCGACUUCGAGAAGUUCUGCUCCGUGUCGCUCUCCAACCUCAACGUGUACGGCUGCCUGGUGUGCGGCAAGUACUUCCAGGGCCGCGCGCGCUCCUCGCACGCGUUCACGCACAGCCUGGACACGGGCCACCACGUGUUCAUCAACCUGCACACGGAGAAGGUGUAUUGCCUUCCCGACGGGUACCAGGUGUCAGACCCGUCCCUGGACGACAUCAAGAGCGUGCUCAAUCCGCGGUUCAGCGCCGCCCAGAUAGAGCAGUUUGACCGCAGCAAGCAGUGGGCGCGGGCCCUGGAUGGCACGGACUACAUUCCGGGCAUGGUGGGCCUGAACAACAUCAAGGACACGGGGUACGUGAACGUCAUCAUUCAAUCGCUCAUGCGCGUGACGCCCCUCCGCAACUUCUUCCUGCUCCCCGCUAACUACACGCCCGCCUCGCACUCCCCAGCUGCGCAGCCGACCCCCCUGGUGCAGCGGUUUGGGGAGCUCGUGCGGAAAGUGUGGCACCCGAGGAACUUCAAGGGGCAGGUGAGUCCUCACGAGUUCCUCCAGGCUGUCAUGCUCGCCAGCAAGAAGCGCUUCCUCAUAGGCCAGCAGUCCGACCCCCUCGACCUGCUCUCAUGGCUCCUAAACGCCCUCCACGCGGACUUAGCUAAGAGCGCCGCCGCCGCCGCUAAGGCCGCAGGAAAAAAGCCGCGACAUAUAAGCUCCAUAGUGCAUGAGUGCUUUCAAGGAGAGAUGGAGGUGAUUAAGGAGGUAGCGGGAAAGAGCAGCAAUGCGGGGGAUGGUGCCGGGGCGAAGCGGAAACGGGAGGGGGGAGAGGAGGAUGGGGAAGGGGAGGAUGGGGUGCGGCGGGAGGUCAGCCGAAUGCCGUUUCUGAUGCUGGGAUUGGACCUACCCCCUCCACCGCUGUUUAAAGACGUUAUGGAGAAGAAUAUUAUUCCCCAGGUGCCUCUUUUUAACAUUUUGAAGAAGUUUGACGGGCAGACCGUGACGGAGGUGGUGCGGCCGCAUCCUGCCCGCAUGCGGUACCGCAUCACGCGGUUACCGCGGUACCUCAUCCUCCAUAUGAAGCGAUUCAAGAAGAACAACUUCUUCAUUGAGAAGAACCCCACUUUAGUGAAUUUCCCCGUGAAGAACCUAGAACUGAGGGACUAUCUGCCGCUGCAGGAGCUGGAGGGGGGCGGGAAGCUUCGCAGCAAGUACGACUUGAUCGCCAAUGUGGUGCACGACGGAAAGCCGGGGGAGGGCAGUUACCGCGCGUUCGUGCAGCGGAAAUCAGAGGAGGCAUGGUACGAGAUGCAGGACCUGCACGUCACAGAGACCCUGCCCCAGAUGGUGGCACUUUCUGAAGCCUACAUUCAGAUCUACGAGCAGCAGCAGGAUUAAGGGGUGCCCCUUUCGAAAAAACAGGUUUAGGGUCAGCAGCACCAGGGCUGAGGGGUCCCGCUUUUCGCAACCGGAUGUACGAGCAGCAGCAGCAGUGAUUGGGUGUCGCGUUCCACAGUUGGAGAUGCGACCAGGACUGAUUGGGUGCCGUUUGACAGCCAAGUUUAGGAGCAGCAGCAGCAGCAGGAGGAGGGAUUGUCCAUUUAUGGUAUGAGGCUGCAGCGCGCAUGUGUGCGUGACCACCUGCAGGUCUGUGCCAUGUGGUAUAGAUUGGAGUGUUGGGUUGGGUGCUCUGAUUGUGUGAAGGAAGACAUUGAU